CGGAUGCUUUUUGAGGUGGACGACGAUGUGCUGAGGGCUCAGCUUGAGGUGCUGGCACCGAAUUUAGUCGGUCUUCUGAAUGCGGCCGGUCGAGGGGUCGAUGAUUUAGGGGAUAUUGCCGGAAGGAACGGAACGGAUUCGGCGGCCCUGUUUGGAGAGGGAAGUGGCGAAGGGGUGGCGGCAGCCGUCAGAGACGGCGUUGGACUUGGGUUCGAGCUUGUGCCCGGAGGGCAGGUUGGCGAGCUGGGGCGGCACCCGGCCGACCCUGACAGGGUGGCUGAGACGGCGGCGGACGUUUCGGAGCGACUACUAUGUUCGCUGACCAGUGAGAUCGGCUUUAGUGCUCCGAUUCUGGUAUGUGGCUCCAUUUUUUCGCUAGUGUCAAUUUUGAACAAUUCGGUGUUGGCCUGGAGUCUUGUGCGGAAAAGUAGACGCGCCAGCGGCGGGACGGAUGGAACGCGUGCGGAUUACGGUAACGGCGGUAACGGUGGCGCCGGCUCAUCACACCUGUACUAUGUUCUGGUGUUGGCCAUCUUGGAUCUGAUCGUAUCGUUGUGCUAUAUUCCGGUGAUUGGAGUGGAUUAUCUGAAGGAUCGAUUGCAAUCGAUGGAAUUGGCGAGGUUGUGGUGGGCGUAUUUCGGGUAUUUGCUGACGAUCACGCACGUGGCGAUGUCCGCAUCGUGUUUUAUUUUGGUGUUCGUAUCGAUUGAACGCUAUCUGUUGACGGUUCGCAAUGGCGCGCGUUUGACGAUGGCGCGACGCAAUCGGCGUGCGUUGUGCGCGCUCGCGUUAGUGCUCGCGUUGCUGAUGAAGGCGCCAAUGGUGACGGAGCUGGAACUGAGGUUUGAGCCGGCCUGUGUUGGCACAGUGUCAGAGUAUGUGGUGGAUCUGUCAGCGAAAUGCGCAACGCUGUGGUACGGGACGGUGUAUCGAUUCUGGAUGCGGCAUUUGGUGACGGUCGUGGUGCCGUUCAUUCUAAUAAUUUGUUUUAAUUUGAUGAUCGUCGGAGCGAUAAAGGCACAGAUACGCUCGGAAAGGAAUUGUGCCCGUUUGACCGGUGCGGUGCAGCUGCGGAAUGAGAGGAUAGUGAGUAGUGGUUUUGGUAGAGGUUAUGGGAGCCUUCUUCGAUUGAUUUGGUCAGUGUUCGACUGUGCGCUGAUGGAGCGCGUGCGUAGUGCAACAUGGACAAUGGUGCUGUUGUGUUUCACUUACGUGCUGUCGAAUGCGGCGAACGUGUUCGUAACAUUCUGGGAGUUCAUUGAUUACGAUACGUUGAUUCAACAAUAUUUCUCGUUUUAUAUGACGUGCACGGAUUUGGCGUCGAUGUUGGCCGUUUUGACGUGUAUGCUGAGAUUGCCCACUUAUUUGGUUAGUGUUCGAUUUUGCGCUGAUGGUGAGCGGCAAGCAAUCGUGAAUUACGAUAUAUCGUCAUCAAACGCUCCCGCUCAAAACGGCAUUCCAGGCGAAUGGCACAAAGGAAAUGUACGUUGGCAAAAUGCCGAAAAGAUGUUGUAUUGGCAAACGGCCAAGAGACGAGACAAAGUGACCAACUGA